AUGUUCAAGAUAUGUUUCCUCUCUGGGUUUCUUUUGCUUGCUUUGUUGUGUAUGUGUGAAGCACAGGAAGUUAAGGUGUACGAACUGAAGAGGGGAGAUUUUUCUGCUAAGUUCACCAACUAUGGUGCAAUUAUGCUCUCUCUUAUUCUCCCUGAUAAAACUGGGAAAUUGGAUGAUGUUGUUCUCGGAUAUGACUCACUCAAUGAUUACAAGAAUGAUACAACCUAUUUUGGGGCCAUUGUAGGCCGAGUAGCUAACAGAAUUGGAGGGGCUAAUUUUACCUUAAAUGGUGUCGUUUAUAAAGUAGUGGCUAAUGAUGGCAAAAACUCACUUCAUGGUGGCAGAAAGGGAUUUGGAGAUGUUAUCUGGACUGUAAAAAAUUACAGAAAAGAUAGCCAUAUCACAUUUACUUAUGAUAGUUUUGAUGGUGAGCAAGGUUUUCCUGGAAAUCUUUCAGUGUCAGUGACAUAUAUGAUCAUAGGUACUAAUAAGCUAGGCGUAAAAAUGGUGGCCAAGCCUCUCAACAAGGCUACCCCAGUGAAUUUAGCUCUUCACACCUACUGGAACCUUGGUGGCCACAGCAGUGGUGACAUCCUGUCACACACUCUCCAGCUCUUUGGCUCUAGCAUCACCCCAGUGGAUGAUGAACUAAUCCCAACCGGCAAAAUCGUUCCUGUUAAAGGAACUCCAUAUGAUUUUCUCCAACCACGUGAGAUUGGCGGCAAGUUCAACCAGUUGCCUAAUGGAUAUGAUAUAAACUAUGUACUUGACAAAUCGAGUCCAAAACACCUGAGGAAGGUAGCCGUUGUGCAGGAAAGCAAGUCUGGAAGAAAAAUGGAGCUGUGGACUAAUAUGCCAGGGGUUCAGUUUUAUACAAGUAACAUGUUGAAGAGUGAGAAGGGGAAAGAUGGAUUCGUUUAUUCAAUUCAUGCAGGACUUUGCUUUGAGACUCAAGGGUUCCCCGAUGCAGUGAAUAACCCGAAUUUUCCUUCUCAGAUUGUAAACCAUGGAGAUACUUACAAGCAUUUUAUGGUUUACAGGUUCACUGCCCAUUAG